AUGGCCGCCCUUGAAGCUCUUUCCACAAACGAGCUCCUAAACUUCAUCAUGUGUGAUUCGAACAUCGCCCCGCCGUUCGACGGCGGGCCCCUCGAGACCGACCUAUCUUCCGUGGCCCCGCCGCCGGUCCUCUACCCGCCGGAAACCGCCUGCCCGGCGGCGGCGCAGCCGCCGGCCGGCCGAAAGAAGCGGCGGAGGCGGCCGAAGGUGUGCAAGAACAAGGAGGAGGCCGAGACUCAGAGGAUGACGCACAUUGCCGUCGAGAGGAACCGCCGGAAGCAGAUGAACGAGCACCUCGCCGUACUCCGCUCCCUCAUGCCGGAGUCUUAUGUCCAGAGGGGCGACCAGGCGUCGAUAGUCGGUGGGGCCAUCGAGUUCGUGAAGGAGCUCGAGCACAUCCUUCAGUCUCUAGAGGCCAAGAAGUUCGCGUUGUUGGAUGGGCCGAAAAACGGGCCCGAGGCGGAAGGAAGGCAUGUGUCGGGGAGCCCGUUCGCCCAAUUCUUCGCGUACCCGCAGUUCAGGUGCUCCGACAACAACAACAACAACAAUAACCAGCUCGGGAGCAAGUUCACAUGCCAGACAAAAGCUGCCGUGGCCGAUAUUGAGGUCACGUUAAUCGAGACCCAUGCCAACAUUCGUAUCCUAUCGAGGCGUGGGGCCUGCCACCUGUCGAGGCUCGUGGCAGCUUUCCACUCGGUCCUCCUCACGAUACUCCACCUCAACGUGACCACGUUGGACUCGCUCGUGCUCUACUCGGUCAGUGCGAAGGUGGAAGAAGGGUGCCAGCUAAAUUCAGCUGAUGACAUUGCAGGAGCAGUUCACCACAUGCUUAGAAUAAUGGAGGAAGAGGAUUUAGGGUUACAUGUUUAG